CUGUAUAACAUACCAGGAUCGCAUCAUCGUGUUCGGAGGAACAGAUGGCUUAUACCAUUACAAUGAUACAUGGUCGUAUAACACUAAUACAAGGACCUAGUCGGAAUUGCAAUGUAUUGGCUUUAUUCCAUCACCCCGGGAAGGCCACGCAGCCGCUGUGAUUGACGACGUCAUCUACAUUUUUGGCGGACGGGGUGUAGUUGGCAAGGACCUGGGCGACUUGGCAGCAUUCAAGAUGUCAAGUACGUGGUUUGAUAAACAAUUGGUGUGCGUGAUUCUGAGCUUGUCGCGUGCAGACCAGCGGUGGUACAUGUUCCAAAAUAUGGGUCCAGCGCCUAGCGGCCGUUCGGGACAUGCUAUGGCAUCCAUGGGAACUAGAGUUUUUGUUCUUGGUGGAGAGUCUUUCACGCCAACUAAGGGCGAUGACCAUGGAAUUAUUAAUGUUCUUGACACCGAGCACAUCAAAUACCCUGAUUCAAGCAAAGGACCACCGACCAACAAGGCUAAUCGAGAAUCAAUUGCAACUCCUCCGCCGGGACAAGUCGCACCAGGAAGCUCUCUGCCCAAUGUUACUGGUGCCAUAGAUGCGGACGACAUUCGCUGGACUAUGUCUCAGCCAAGAACCAGAUUCGGAACUCGUACACCGAAUGGUGCCCGUGCGCAAUCAUCCCCCAAUACCAAAGAUAAGGCACCGAACCGCUCUCAAAGAGAUGAUCGAAUUGUGCUCAGAACGGAUGAUGGGAAUGGGACAGAAACCGGUGCUACUCUCAAGUCUAAUACCACUUCCCGGGAUCACACACCAUCUCCAGAGCAGAUCCGAGCACCGUCAUAUUUGCCACAAGAUCUUACUAAUGAACUCCAGGGAAGAUCACGCUAUCCGAUAACUUCUGGAGGCUUUGGAGACAUCUGGAAGUGUGAAUUAGUGAAGCCCGAUGGGACCGUCAAGGCAUGCCCAGCUUCCCCCACUUCAUACAGUUGUUAUUGACCAUGACCUAGGUAGCAGUGAAGACCAUCCGUGCUUUCGAAUCGGACAACGAGGUUCUGAUGCGGAAGAAUAGUAGGGUAAUGUGCUCUUCCACAGCGUCGCGUGUGUCGGUUUAGC